AUGUCACGACCAGAAUUGGGUAAGAAACUCAAUGCUGUUUCGACAGACAACUUACUUGGACUCUUGAAGCGUGUGCCAACUUCCAACAAUUUGUUUGUGCCAUGCAGAGAGCUCUCACCCCUUCUUAAUUAUCUCACACCGUUUCUGAAUUUGAAGGCUGCCGGUAAUUUCGAUAAGAUCCUCUGGCUAGAUGCUCUUGCGGAAUCUCAAGAUUUACAUUCAAUAAUUGAGUCUUACAGUCUUAUAAUUCUCAUUCGUCCGCACGAUCUCGAUCUUCUGUUGUUCUCAACUUUGUGGAGCAAAGUAAGACAUAACACUCGAAUUACCCUCAUAGUUCAAAACUUGCAACGUUCUUUCUAUUAUCAACUUGCGAACCAGACUUUCAACAAGAACUUGCUGCUUGAAAGAAUAGCCAAUAUCGAUGAAUCUCUGACGACUUUUGACAUCUCAAAUAAUGUUCUCCUAAUGAACUGGAAGACGUAUCCAAUAUGCACCCAGGAUUUCGUCUUCUCCAUUGAUAUGGACAACGGAGGAUUGCCUCUGUAUUUCAAUAAUCCUUUGCAACAUGUUUCCAAACUCUCCGAUGCUGUGGUCGACAUUUUGAGAUACACAACCUCGCAAGAGAACAUGCUCAAGCUCAAGAAUGCAUUUGCUAAGGGUGACCACUCGAGUUUGCUUUUGAAUAACUUGCUUGAGAACAAAAUUCCCGAGAUGCUUUCGGAAUCUUUAAAUUGGGGCGAACAGGAGUUCUACUUGAAUGCUCUUAGAGGCAACACCGACCUUGUAGUUUUGGAGAGAAACUUGGAUUAUUUUCCCCUCUUGUUGAGUCAUACGAAUUACCUGGGGUUCUUGGACGAUAUAAUUGGAACUAAAGACGAGUUUAACAACGAAUUGAAUAAUAACGUCAAGCUCCAGGAUGAAACAUACAGCAUGCUUAAACAUAUCAAUGUUUCCUCGAUAGAAUCGCUACUCAAAGAUGCUGCCAAGUCCUUGCGCUCCGAAAGAGAGAAACUCGAGGAGAAAAAUAAAAAAACUACUCAAACUUCAGAUCUCAAAGGUUAUCUUAACGACGUCAAUGCUCUCGAUUCGCGCAAUAAGGAGUUUGAAAAGUACAUUAAUCUUAUUGAGGAAGCCUUUGGUAAGUUUGAUUCAAACAAGUCUGGAAAUGAGAAAUACGAUAUGGCUAAGGAAUGGCUUGGUAUCCAGAAUAAUUUGUUUGAUAAUGACUACAAAAAUCGACUUGCCAGUGUGUUUCUCCUCAUCAAUGAGUUUUCCUCUUUCGAAAGAGUAGUGACUUUGGUUGUUCUUGUAUCACUUUCAAGUGAUGGAAUUUUCCAAAGUGAUUUCGACAAGAUUGAGCUGGAGAUUGCCAUCCACUACGGCUUGGAGUCUGCGCUCACUUUGAAGAACUUGAAAGAGUACAAUCUUAUUCGAGUCAAUGAGAACAGUUCUUUUCUUGCCAAUUUCCAAUUUGGUCGUACAGAAACGGUUUCUACAUCAACAGAGGGAACACCAGCAGCACCUGGAGCCAUCAAUGAAGAGAGAAACUACGACGACAUUUCACUUUUAGGGCUUACUGGUGGACAGGACGUAUACAAGAGUACGUACACUUAUACUCUUAUUAGUAAGAUGUGGAACUUGCAUCCGCCAGACGACAACCAGGUGAUUGCUAAGUCAAUUGAGGAUUAUACGCUUCCAAACUUCACGCUUGCGUCUAACACAGUUCCUCUUACUAAUCGCAUUGUGGAAUCUCUCUACUUUCGUGAGUUCUUGACGUACUCUCCAGUGAACAACAUAUACCGUCGACCCAAUUGGAAGAAACUCAACCUAGACACCAUGAUUAAAGGUCAAACAAUAGAUGAGAACUUGUGUGACGAUCUGGAUGACCGCAAAUCACUUCUGACUACGGGGCUUAAAGAGGAGUACGUGAUUGUUGUCUUAGUAGGAGGAAUCACUCGUUCUGAAAUCAGCUUGUUCCAGCAUCUACAGAACAGGCUCCGGAUCAAAAAGAAAACGCUUUUGGUGGUGACAAGUGGGUUGGUAAACAACCGCAAGCUUCUCAGGACCAUGAGUACAAUUGAAUAG